AUGAGGCGCACCCUGCUGGCAGCCCUGCUGCUGGGCCUGGCCUGCGUGGCCAGCGCCUUUGACCCCCGCGUGUGCUUCCCUGGUGACCCCUUCAUUUUCGGCAUCAAGAACGGCCGCGUGACCGACCGGGUGGCCGCCAAGAUCAACAAGGAGGCAGUGAAAGCGGUGAACGCUGAUCUGAAGCGGCGCAAGAUGAUCGGCCCCGGUUGCCUCAAGGACUUCAACUUUGUGGCUGUGCAGGCCUGCUUUGAGCCUGCGAGGGAGGGCAGCAAGCGGAGGACCCCCAAUGGCGAGUACAAGUACCGCUGGAACCCCAUCUUCUACAAGUACUGCAAGAAGGGCAAGGACAUUCCGCAGAUCGCGGCGUGGGGCAAGAUCAGAAAGAUCCAGUGGGCCAUCGAUGCCGUUGGCAACGACAAGAUUUACACCAUCAAGUGA